ACUACACAGGCUGAGCUAAAGAAAGAGGAAGUGCUCUUCUGGGUUUCCUGCGUAAAGUUAGAGGAGCAAAAGUUUAAGAGAAGAACUAAGUUUCUAUCAACCAAAAGUCUGUUAAUAUACAACCUCAUUAUUUGGAUCAAUUUUUUUUUACCAACAGGCUUUGAUCAGCACCGUAACUUACACCUAACGCAGAUCAUGGACAAGCUGAAGUCAGCCCUGGAAGCAUUAGGAUCAUCCACUCCAACAGUGGUCGCUGAUGGGAGCAGCGUCGUAAUGGCCAGAGAUAUACGUGGACAAGCAAAAUCCAUCAACUUGAAUAUAGAGACAGAGAGUGAUCCAGACUAUAAACCUGGAAAUGCUGUUGGGCCGGCUCCGGCUGAUUACACUGCACAGGGUGGCAGUGUAAUAUGUGCUGACAUAAUAUCCGGUACUUUUGAUACCAUGGAUACGUCAAUAUGUGUGAAAAAAUCCAAAGUGCGUGCAGGACAAGUAGAUGAGACACCUCAGCCUUCCACCCAGGACCCUGCUGUGAGGUUCAUCACUGAGCACAAGGUGGAGCUCAUCGACCUGCUGAGGGCGGAUCACUCCUUCAUCCUGCAGCAUGUACAUGCCAAACUCAUCAUCACAGACAGAGAAUAUCAGAAUAUCAAACAUACCUCUCUGCCAGAACAGGCUGUUACUGAAAUGAUUGAUGGAGUGAUCGAUAAGGGUCCAGAGUCCUGCUCCCUUUUUCUUGAACUUCUCAAAGUUCACAGUGUUCUCAGGACUUAUCCCCAGCUCAAGAAAAUUACAGAUAAAAUGUAACAGGCAACAAUUAAAUCAACACUGAUAUGAUUAUAAUGAAAUGUUUAAAUUAGUAUGUUUUGAACAAAACACAAAUCAUACGAUUUUACCUUUUUCUAAAGAUUUUUUUAUCAGUUUUGAAGAAUAAACUUUUAAUGCUCAUAAAAA